UAUAGGCUAUAGGAUGCAUUACAGCCUAGCCAACGGUGCUAUGAAAAAUGGGAACUCAGUGAGUCAAAUAGGAAAAAAAAGCUUGUGUACAUUUGGGUGUGUCCGUCUAAACUGAGAAGGCACCUUAGGGAAAUAACCCUAGUAAUUCUAGUCCCUCCUUCUUAGCCCAGCUCAGUUUGAAACGCCUACAUAGUAUACAGCGUUGAGUUUCAUGAGAUAGUAGUGGCAAUAAAAGAAUGACUAAGAUAGUCUGACAUAUAUGUGGACACUGCAGUGGGCAAAGACAUUUAGGUAGGGUCUGUUUUCUUCAGUGCCAGCCAGGCAACAUCUGUUGUUCUUCCGCAGUUCCCUGCAAUCUUUGGAUCCCGUGCGUAAAAAAAAUAUAAAUACAAUAUACACCGACAUAUCGCAGUUCAUCAUGUAUCAGCUUAUAAAGAAAUUCGUGUUCACCGAAUCGCAUUGUUUGGAGGAAGACAACUCGAAAAGUUUCGCGGAGUUAUUUGAGAAGUUGGAUGUUAAUAAAGAUGGGAAAGUGGAUGUUUCUGAGCUCAAGACGGGCCUGGCUGCUAUGGGCUUCUCUAUGGGCAAAGGAGAAGCGCAGAAAAUUGUUGCUUCUGGAGACUCUGAUAAGGAUGAGGGGCUGGACUUUGGGGAGUUUUCAAGGUAUCUGAAAGAACAUGAGAAAAAACUCAGAUUGACCUUCAAGAGUCUGGAUAAAAAUGAUGAUGGUCGCAUUGAUGCCAAAGAGAUUCAGCAGUCACUUAAAGACAUUGGCAUAAACUUGACAGAUCAAGAUGCAGAGAAGAUCCUCCACAGUAUUGAUGUGGAUGGAACUAUGUCUCUGGAUUGGAAUGAAUGGAGGGAGCAUUUUCUCUUCAACCCAGCAGAUAACCUUCAGGAAAUCAUACGCUUCUGGAAACACUCCACUGUGUUGGAUAUAGGUGACAGUCUAAGUAUUCCAGAUGAGUUCACUGAGGAGGAAAAGACCACUGGCAUCUGGUGGAGGCAGCUUGCUGCCGGGCUGGCAGGGGCGAUCUCUCGAACAGGAACCGCCCCCCUGGACAGAAUGAAAGUCUUCAUGCAGGUUCAUUCCUCAAAAACCAACAAAAUCAGUCUGGUGGGUGGAUUCAAGAAGAUGAUUAAAGAAGGGGGUGUGACCUCUCUGUGGAGAGGUAAUGGAGUCAACGUCAUAAAAAUCGCUCCAGAAACUUCAAUCAAGUUCAUGGCGUAUGAGCAGUACAAGAGGAUACUGACCAAAGAAGGUGGGAAAGUCCAGUCACAUGAGAGGUUCAUUGCUGGAUCUAUGGCUGGCGCGACCGCUCAAACGGCCAUCUACCCAAUGGAGGUAAUGAAGACCAGACUUACUCUGGGGAAGACCGGUCAGUAUUCUGGAAUGUUUGACUGUGCUAAGAAGAUUAUGAAGAAGGAGGGUGUGAAGGCCUUUUAUAAAGGCUAUGUGCCCAACAUCAUUGGAAUUAUUCCGUAUGCUGGAAUAGAUUUAGCAGUGUAUGAGACCCUGAAGAAUGCCUGGUUGUCUCGCUAUGCUAAAGAAACUGCUAACCCAGGAGUGCUGGUUCUUCUCGGUUGUGGGACCAUUUCCAGCACAUGCGGCCAGUUGGCCAGUUACCCUCUCGCUCUGAUCCGCACACGCAUGCAGGCCCAAGCAUCAAUGGAGGGAUCAGAGCAGGUGUCCAUGUCCAAGUUAGUGAAGAGGAUCAUGGAGAACGAGGGCUUUUUCGGGCUGUACCGUGGGAUCUUGCCCAACUUCAUGAAAGUGAUCCCAGCUGUCAGCAUCAGCUAUGUGGUGUAUGAGUAUAUGAGGUCUGGAUUAGGCAUCUCAAAAUGAUGAAUUUUCAUAUGACAGAGUCUUGCAUGUUUUACACGCACAACUUUUAACCACCUCUCUUUGAAAACACCCUCCAUGAUGGGAAAAAUUUUGUUCAGUUUGGUUGCAUUUUGUUCAGCAACCAAAGUGUUUAAAAUAUCAACUCUGGAAAAAGCCAUGAUGGUGUCUUGCCUUGAAGUUGGGGCCCAACCUAAUGAAUGUUUACACUGAAAUAUAAAUGUACCUAUGUGUGGUUAAUAAAUAUCUGAAAUAUUCUGAUAAUAUUUUGAUCGAUUUAUAUGCUUUUAUUAUGUGACCAUGUUGUGGUUAUGUAAUAACUGACCAGAACAAUGAAGCCAUUGUGAGCCAGUGCACUAUAAUGCUAUACAGGUUCAGUCUGUUUUAUGAUCGAUAGAUAGAUGGAAAGGUGAAAAGAUAGAGAGAGAUAUAUAUAGAUAGAUAGAGAGUAAUUAUACCUUAUUAUACAGAGUUCAAUUUUUUAAGUGAAUUAGGUUGGGCCAUAUUCAAGUCUUUAUACACUUCAGUCAGUAAUUUUCAUAUAUGUUCUGUGAAAAAUGCGAAACAUCCACAGUAAAACAAGGACCAGAGAAACAAUCCAAAAUGGGAGCCCACAUAAAAGAGCUAAAUGUGCCUUACAUCAUUGUUCGAUCUCUGCGUGGGUUCCUUUGCAUCUCAACUCUACAUUGGAAAUAUGACUUUAACUUGUGUUGCCUUUUAUCCCCAAAGUUUGGUUAUUUUAGUAACAAUUGUUUACAUUAAAGGUUGUAUUUUAAUACAA